CCGUGGACCAAGGACGUGUACAAGGCGCUGCGGCAGCGCUUUGGCCUGCGCUCGUUCCGCGCCAACCAGGAGGAGGCCAUCAACGCGACCCUGUCCGGGCGCGACGUGUUCGUCCUCCUCCCGACCGGCGGCGGCAAGUCGCUGUGCUUCCAGCUGCCGGCCGUCGUCUCGAGCGGCAAGACGCGCGGCGUCUCGAUCGUCGUCAGCCCGCUCCUGUCGCUCAUCUCGGACCAGACGCGCGCCCUCACCGACAAGGACAUCCCCGUCGUCUUUCUCAACUCGACCAUGCCCGCCGCCGACAAGAAGUUUGCCCUGUCGUGCCUGAGGAGCGACCCGCCGAUGGCCUGCCUCGCCUACGUCACGCCCGAGCAGAUCGUCAAGAGUGCGGCGUUCCGCGACCUCCUGAGCGACCUGCACCGCCGCCGUCAGCUCGCGCGCUUCGUCAUUGACGAGGCGCACUGUGUCAGCUCGUGGGGCCACGACUUUCGCCCCGACUACAAGGAGAUGGGCUCGCUCAAGCGCGAUUACCCGGGCGUGCCCCUGAUCGCGCUCACGGCGACCGCCAACGACCGCGUCAAGCAGGACGUGACGACCAACCUCGCCAUGGACCGGCCCCUCAUGCUCCAGCAGUCGUUCAACCGCGCCAACCUGCGGUACCACGUGCGCAAGAAGACCAAGCACAUCCUGAGCGACAUUGCCGACUUUGUGCGCACGAGCCAUGCCGGCGAGUGCGGCAUCAUCUACUGCUCGAGCAAGAAGCAGUGCGAGGACACGGCCGAGCGCCUGCGUCGCGAGCACAAGGUCCGCGCCGCCCACUACCACGCCGGCAUGGACAAGGACGACCGCAUCCGGGUGCAGCAGGAGUGGCAGAGCGGCACCACCCACCUCAUCUGCGCGACGAUCGCGUUCGGCAUGGGCAUCGACAAGCCUGAUGUGCGCUACGUCAUCCACUACUCGCUGUCGCAAAGCCUCGAGGCGUACUACCAGGAGACGGGUCGCGCCGGUCGCGACGGCAUGACGUCGGUGUGCGUCCUGUACUACGCCUACGGCGACACGAAGCUCCUCAUGCGCCUCAUCGACGAGGGCGAGGGCACGCGCGAGCAGAAGGACCACAACCGCGCCAACCUGCGCCGCGUCGUCCAGUACUGCAUGAACGAGACCGACUGCCGGCGCACCCAGGUCCUGCAGUACUUUGGCGAGCAGUUCCCGCGCGACCAGUGCCACAAGACGUGCGACAACUGCAUGGCGCCCAAGAACGUCGAGCUGCGCGACGUGACGGGCCUCGCCAAGGACGCCAUGGGCCUCGUCAAGGCCAUCCAAAAGGACAAGGGCGUCACGAUGCUGUACGCCAUCGACGUGUUCCGGGGCAGCAAGACGCAGAAGAUCGCUCAAGCCGGCCACGACAAGCUCGAGCACGCCGGCAAGGGCGCCAACAUCGACCGCGGCGACGCCGAGCGCCUGUUCCAGCUCCUCGCGGCCGAGCAGAUCCUCGGCGAGCGCUACGAGCGCAACGGCCUCGGGUUCACCAACGCCUACGUCACGCUC